GCUGUGCUGCUCAACAAUGAUCCAUUUGCCUUGCAGACUCUACCUACACAGCCGAAGCUUAGCGGCCGAGUUCCGCUCCAUGGCCCCUCGCUUCGCCUAUGGCGGUGACGAGACGUGGAUGGACGAGACCCCAGGCCACAUUUCUCGAGAUUCAGUUACUGGAGGAUGGCAUGACCGAUCCCGGGAAGACCAGCUGAUGAUAGCCCAGGCAAGGCUAUGGGAAACUUCGAAGCGCGCAGGGAAACUCAAGGCCAGCCUAGAGGCAGUGGCAAACGCAUCCUCGUGGCUACAGAGCAAGGUUGAGGAGCUUUGUCCUUCAUUGCCCCUUCCGGAGCGACACCCUGCGAUGUCCAGAUUGGAGAGGCAACAUCGCGUAAAGGUCCUGCAGGACUAUCUUCACCAUCAGCCACACCAGUGCCGUGUGCUUCGGUUUCAGGUGGCACAAGCCGUGAAGUCUGCCGUGGAGGCGGAGAAGACUCUGUAUGAGGCAGCCUACAGGAGCGGUCUGGCCGCCAAUGCUGCGAUGCAGGCUGCUUUGAAUCCUGCACUGGCUUUUCCUCCUUACCAAGGUGAGCCCUUCCUAGCGUCAGCAGAUCAUGUGAGCCGGGGCCUCUGUAGCCUGUGCCUGGCGCCCCACGAUUCACAUGGAAUCCUCCAAAGCAGUUCAAGCAGGAGGAGCGCCGUGUUUGCACUUCGCAAGGUACAAAGGACGUGGAGGCAGGUGAGCCGGAGAAAGGCCUACCUGUUUGCCACAUGACCUGCCAUCACUUGGGUGGAGAGUGGACCAGGGAUGCCUCCUGGCCCUUCACUGAGAAAGCCACUGCCUUCUUGAUGCUCUGACCAGUUUGGCCGGGCGGCAGUCAAAAGCGGAAUCGAGAUGUCGUGGCUGUGAUGCGGCUCUGUGCUAAGGGCAGGGGUGGCAGUUCAUGUCAUUACUUUUGCGAUGAACCUCAGCGCACCCAAAAAGGCUCCACAGAGCCCCACAGGUACAGUCUUGUUCUUCUGCCACGAUUUGCAGCAGCUGUGUUCAGUGUUGGACUUUAC